AUGGAAGAAUCCGAAAACAGUGCCACUGAUCUCGUUUUUGUCUAUGGCACAUUGAAACGCGGAUUCUAUAACUGGGAGAGGUAUUUACGGCCCGAGUUAGGAGCAGAGUUCAUCGCAACGGCAGAAACUGUUGAGAAGUACCCGCUAGUGAUUGAGGGGACUUACGGAAUACCCUUUCUCAUAAACCAAGAAGGUAUAGGCCACAAUAUCCAAGGAGAGAUCUUCGCUGUUACCCGUCCAUGUCUACAGUCACUAGAUUUGCUUGAGGGUUAUCCUCAGUGGUACGAUCGUCAUCUCAUUCCUCUGAAGUGCUCCGAUGGCCGACUACGUUAUGCUUCGGUUUAUACGCGUAAUUUGGAUGAGAGCCCUAUGGACUGGGAGAAAAUGACCUUCUAUGCUUUGUAUUCUCUCGAACAACAUGAUCAAUUCUACGUAGCCGGGCUCGCGAAGCGUGCAUAGCCUUUCAAGUAGAUACUGGUUAAAUGGACGUGUCCUUUUACUAUAGGAUUCCAAUACAACCAAAUGCA